AUGACUGCCCUUGCUCCUAUUACUGGUACUCUCAGAAAGAGAAUCAUUGCAGACAUCGUCAUCGGUUUCUCCAUCGGUGGUGUGAUGGGCUCCUACUGGUGGUGGGGGUUCCACAAGAACCUCGUCAACAAGCGUGAAGACUUUUACGCCAAGUUGGCUGCCGAAAAGGCCGCUGAAAACUAG